UAACUAAGUUCCCAUAAUUUUAUUGACAGUUAUUAAAUCAUCCUCUUUUUACCAAUAAAAUUUUCAAAAUUAUUUUGCAUUUGGACAAAGGAUGUAGAAAAUCAAUUGUAACAGGAGAUACAUUAGUUACAUCUUUUUGUUUUGCGAUCAUGAACUAUUCAUUCUGGCGCAGACGCAAUAGUUAUCGUGCUACAGUACGAAAAACUACGAUAUAUGUAAUAACGUUAUGUUUCUGUGUAUUUAAUGUGUAUUUUCAUUUUUUACGUUAAUAAUAAUUAAGUAGAGAUUGGCACAGUGUAGGUGUAGUUUUAAAUUCUGCGAUCUUCAUGCAAACGAUAAUGAAUUAAAAACAAAAAUGAUACAUCGCAUUUUGUAUUCAUGACUAAAGAAUACAAAUAAGAAACGAGUAGUAAAAUCUGUCCGUAGUUUAAAUUAAUAUAAAUUUAAAACUCCUAUAAUAAUUAUGACAAUGUCGCUGAUUUUAUACAGUAAAACAUGAAAUGAUAUGAUAAAUGUAUGCAAAAAAUUCUGCAUGAAAUCAAGUGGUUGGAAGAAGAAAGAAACAAUUUUAAAAGUGUUAUAUGUACGUACUACUGUAUUAUGUAUAUCUAUACAUAUAAAUGACAAGUAAAUUAUAACAUGACAUAUAUGUAUUGCGAUUCAUUGGUGACGAUGAAUGGUUCGCUACGUGAAAUUAAUUAUGAACGAGUGAUUUAGUCAGGAGUGAAAGGUAGAAAUUUUAAUAAGAAUAUUAUAAAGACUGAUAGUGAUUGAUACGACACGACUAUAUUUGUAUCGUUACAUACGCGUGUAUCUUAUCGUGUAUGUGUGUUGGUAGUCACUAUGUACAUACGCACGUCUACGCGGCAUUUCAAUCAUACGUGGCAAAAACAAGAAUAAUUAUUUUAUAACUUUACUCUAACAAACUGAUAAGUAAAUAACAGAUAACAGUUCUGUUAAAGUUUUAUCCAGUUGCAAAUCCAUGUUGUUUUAUAUCUGUCGGGACUGAAAAACCAAGGAGUAAUGCAACAGAAAAAGAAAAAAUUAGGUACAAUGAGGGCAUUAAUUCUUGUUGGUGGAUAUGGCACCAGAUUAAGACCACUUACAUUAAGUCGGCCUAAGCCUUUGGUCGAAUUUGCUAAUAAACCAAUGCUAUUGCAUCAAAUAGAAGCUCUGGUAGAAACAGGUGUAACCGAGGUGGUAUUAGCAGUAUCUUAUCGUGCAGAGGAGAUGGAAAGAGACUUAGGCGAGGAAGCAAAGAAAUUAGGUGUACAUUUAGUUUUUUCACAUGAACCAGAGCCUCUUGGUACUGCAGGACCGCUUGCACUUGUACACGAUCUAUUAAGCUCAGGAAACGAGCCAUUUUUUGUUUUAAACUCUGAUAUCAUUUGUGAAUUUCCAUUUAAGCAGUUACUUGAUUAUCAUAAGAAUCAUGGUAAAGAAGGUACUAUAGUCGUUACUAAAGUAGAGGAACCAUCAAAAUAUGGUGUUGUUGUAUAUGCGGACGAUGGUAAAAUAGAAAGCUUUGUAGAAAAGCCACAAGAAUUUAUCUCUAAUAAAAUCAAUGCAGGCAUAUACAUUUUUAAUCCGAGUGCCUUAAAAAGAAUAGAACUGAAGCCGACUAGUAUAGAAAAGGAAAUAUUUCCAUUAAUGGCCAGAGACGGAGAGUUGUACGCAAUGGAAUUAACAGGAUUUUGGAUGGAUGUAGGGCAACCAAAAGAUUUUCUCAAAGGAAUGAGCAUGUAUCUGACAUCCCUAAGACAAAAAUCUCCUGAAAAAUUGUACUCUGGUCCUGGUGUAGUAGGAAACGUUUUAAUAGAUGAAACGGCGACGAUUGGCAAAGAUUGUAGGAUAGGACCCAACGUCACCAUUGGUCCCGGUGUUGUGUUAUCCGAUGGAUGCUGUAUCAAACGAAGUACAAUUCUUAAAUCAGCGAUAAUAAAGGAACACGCAUGGCUAGACGGUUGCAUCGUUGGUUGGAGAAGCGUCGUUGGCCGAUGGGUACGCAUGGAAGGUAUAACGGUUCUCGGUGAAGAUGUAAUCGUGAAAGAUGAAUUAUAUAUCAACGGAGGUCAGGUUUUACCUCACAAGAGCAUUUCCAACUCUGUGCCAGAGCCUCAAAUAAUCAUGUGACUAAAGACAAUAUUUUGAAUUACCACACUGAGUAUGAUAACUGAGAGACCAAUCGCGUGUUCUUCUCUGAAGAAAAAAUUUUGUAUCAGCUUUUUAAAAUAUGUGUAAAUCAGCUCGAAUAUUUAUAGUAAUUUGUAACGUUUUUACACUUACAAUUCAAAUCAACUUUAUCGGCAAUCCUCGUACUACUAUAGCAGCCGCAGUCAUGUACUGAGAACAAACAUUUUUCGAUUUUGCUACUGCCCUCAACAUCUCGGGCUCUGGAGACAAACUUGUCGUAUUGCUUCGUGAAUUUUUCACCAAUUCUAAACGUGUGAAAUUUGGAUGAAUCGUAGCAUAACAGUAAAAUUAACUGACAAAUUUUUUGAUUGUACAAAAUAUGUCAUACUAACGAAAGAUUCCCUGGCACCAUAAAUUAAUGUCUACAUCGGCCCACGAACUACUCGUUAAUGACGGUAUCCAGCUACUAAUGAAAUUUGCAGUCAUUUUAUCGGUGUCAGCAUCGGUGACUUCCCACAACAUACCAAGUACGCAAGGACUAUAAAUAAAACAUGAAUGACUUUCUUAAUAUUUCAAAAUGGA